AUGCACAUUUCCCUUCCUGAAACUGAGUCCCACAACAGGGACAGUGGCGGCUCUGCCUACAUGGCCUAUAACAUUCACUUGAAUGGAGCCCUGCGCUGUCAGGUUCACUACAGCCAGCUUCUGGGCCUGCACGAGCAGCUUCAGAAGGAGUAUGGGGCAAAUGUGCUUCCUGCGUUUCCCCCAAAGAAACUUUUCUCUCUGACACCUGCAGAGAUAAAACAGAGGAGAAAGCAGUUAGAGAAGUACAUGCAAAUUGUUCGGCCAGCCCCAUUGCUUGGGAGCGGUGAGACCUUCAAUAGUUUCCUGCAUCAGGCACAGUGGGAGACACAGCAGCUCCCCACAGAGGAGGUCUCCUCGGAAGUGCUGCUCAGCAAUGGGCGGAAAGUUUUGGUCAACAUGCUAACUUCAGAUCAGACCGAGGAUGUCCUAGAGGCUGUGGCUGCAAAGCUGGAUCUUCCAGAUGAUUUAAUCGGAUACUUCAGUCUCUUCCUUGUUAGAGAAAAAGAGGAUGGAGCCUCUUCUUUUGUGCGGAAGUUGCAACAGUUUGAGCUGCCUUAUGUGUCUGUUACCAGUCUUCGGAAUCAAGAGUAUAAGACUGUGUUAAGGAAGAGUUAUUGGGACUCUGCCUAUGAUGAUGAUGUCAUGGAGAACUGGGUUGGCCUGAACCUGCUUUAUGCUCAGACAGUGUCAGAUAUUGAGCGUGGCUGGAUCCUGGUCACUAAAGAGCAGCACCAGCAGCUCACAUCUCUACAAGAGAAGGUCUCCAAGAAGGAGUUCCUGCGUCUCGCCCAAACUCUGCAUCACUAUGGCUAUCUGUGCUUUGAUGUUUGUGUGGCUGACUUCCCAGAGAAGGACUGUCCCGUGGUAGUGAGUGCAGGCAACAGUGAGCUCAGUCUCCAGCUGCGCCUGCCUGGCCAACAACUUCGUGAAGGUUCCUUCCAGGUCACCCACAUGCGAUGUUGGCGGGUCACCUCUUCUGUGCCACUGCCCAGUGGAAGUACGAGUAGCCCAGGCCGGGGCCAGGGUGAGGUGUGCCUGGAACUGGCUUUUGAAUACCUCAUGAGCAAGGGUUGGCUGCAGUGGGUCACCAUCACCAGCCCCCAGGCUAUCAUGAUGAGCAUCUGUUUGCAGUCCAUGGUAGAUGAACUGAUGGUGAAGAAAUCAGUGGGCAGUAUAAGGAAGAUGCUGCACCGGUGGGAGGGAGAUACCCUGAGAUGCUCAGACAGCCAGCGAGCAGUGAAGUCUCCACCGCUGCUUGAGUCACCUGAUGCCAGCCGGGAGUCCGUGGUCAAACUCUCAAGUAAGCUGAGUGCUGUGAGCUUACGAGGGAUUGGCAGUCCCAGCACAGAUGCCAGUGCCAGCGAUGUCCACGGCAAUUUUGCCUUCGAGGGCAUUGGAGAUGAGCAUCUGUAAUCCUCACUGCUUGGAUGUCUGCCCUCUACCCCAGAGAAAUUUACACAGAAACUUGCCCUGUGCCUGUACCCCCCAAGCUAGGGGGAAGUCUUUUGCCUUCCCUCUUCCUAUCUACCCAUUCCUUUUCUCCUCUAGGCCAGGGGCCACCUAACCCACCUCCAUCUCCCUCUGGGCUGGCUGCACAAAGAAUCAG